UCACAAAUUAUAUAGCGUGUUCAAGAAAGAAAAAAAGAAAUUUAAAUAAAAACACUGAUAACUUGUUCAAGAAUGGUUACAUCAGUGGCACCUCGAGUUGAGAGUUUGGCGAGCAGUGGGAUUCAAGCAAUCCCAAAAGAAUAUGUUCGGCCACAGGAAGAGUUAGCGAGCAUUGGCAACAUUUUUGACGAGGAAAAGAAAGAUGAAGGGCCUCAAGUUCCAACCAUUGAUCUUAAAGAAAUUGAUUCAGAGGACCCAGUGGUUCGUGAGAAAUGUCGGGAAGAGCUGAAAAAAGCUGCCACCGAUUGGGGUGUUAUGCACCUCGUUAACCAUGGAAUUCCUGAUGAACUUACUGAGCGCGUGAAGAAAGCGGGGGAGACGUUUUUUGAGCUUCCUCUUGAGGAGAAAGAGAAAUAUGCUAACGACCAGGCCUCUGGAAAAAUUCAAGGUUAUGGAAGCAAGCUUGCUAAUAAUGCUAGUGGGCAGCUUGAGUGGGAGGAUUAUUUCUUCCAUCUUAUUUUUCCUGAAGAGAAGAGGGAUUUGUCAAUUUGGCCUAAGACCCCAGCUGACUAUACAGUGGCCACUAGCGAAUAUGCAAGGCUACUUAGAAGCCUGGCAACCAAAAUUAUGUCAGUGUUAUCAAUUGGGUUGGGAUUAGAAGAGGGAAGGUUGGAAAAAGAAGUUGGCGGAAUUGAAGAACUUCUCCUUCAAAUGAAGAUCAACUAUUAUCCUAAGUGCCCUCAACCAGAACUGGCUCUUGGUGUUGAGGCUCACACAGACAUUAGUGCACUCACUUUCAUUCUCCACAACAUGGUUCCCGGCCUGCAACUUUUCUACGAAGGGAAGUGGGUCACUGCAAAAUGUGUUCCAAACUCCAUCAUCAUGCACAUUGGUGACACCAUUGAAAUUCUGAGCAAUGGCAAGUACAAGAGUAUUCUUCACAGGGGACUUGUUAACAAGGAGAAAGUCAGGAUUUCGUGGGCUGUUUUCUGUGAGCCACCCAAGGAAAAGAUUGUCCUUAAGCCUCUGCCGGAAACUGUGUCCGAGACUGAGCCUCCAUUGUUCCCUCCUCGCACUUUUCAGCAGCAUAUUCAGCACAAGCUGUUUAGGAAGGCUCAACAAUCUCUCCUCUCUAAAGAAGGCUAAAAUUAAUGGUCGUUGCAUAUCUUGUUAUUUUUAUGCGUUAUGCUAAGUUGUUUAUGAGCACGGUGGUCCGUGUUAAUGCCUUUACUGUGGCAGGUAGAGGCCAUAAUGUGUGAUUGCUUUCUUCAAUAAUAAAUCUCAUUAUAUUGUUCUUUGAAGAACUACAAACUUUUAUUGAUAGGUAAGUACACUUACCAUUUAGAGGCUUGACUUUCUGAGGGUUUUCACAAACUGGUCACAAAAUUUGAUUAAAUAAUAAAGAAUCUGCUUUCUGUCAA